GGAAACAAAAUUGUUCAAGGCACCAGCCAUCCUGAGAUUGCAGAGCUUAUCGCUCACAGAAUUGGUCUACCGCUGUCGAAAGCAGUGGUCACUCGCAAUGGGGCCGGAGAAACUUCAGUCCGUCUCGGAGAGUCUGUUCGCGAGGCUGACGUAUACAUCGUUAACACUGGUUGUGGACCACCUGGACUCUCUGUGAACGUUUCCCUCAUGGAGCUGUGCAUCAUGAUUCAUGCUUGCAAGAUUUCGAGUGCUAAAAGGAUCACUGCCGUUAUUCCGCUUUUUCCCUAUGCUCGUCAAGACAAAAAGGACAAAAGUCGUGCUCCAAUAACGGCAAAGCUUGUUGCAAAUAUGUUGCAGAACAGCGGUUGCGACCACGUCAUUACUAUGGACUUGCAUGCAUCGCAGAUUCAGGGCUUUUUUGAUGUCCCUUUAUACGCCGAACCCUCCGUUCUCCACUAUAUCCGACAAAACUUCAAUAUCAAAGAUGUCGUCAUUGUCUCUCCAGAUGCUGGAGGUGCAAAACGAGCCACUUCAAUCGCCGAUCGGCUCGGGGUAGAUUUCGCCAUCUUUCAUAAGGAGCGGAAGAAGGCUAACGAAGUCUCGCGUAUGGUGCUCGUCGGACAAUGCGAGGGAAAGAUUGCGAUCCUUGUCGAUGAUAUGGCGGAUACAUGUGGUACCAUAUGCCUCGCGGCACACUAUCUCGUCGAGGGUAAAGCUUCACGAGUCAUCGCUAUUGUAACACAUGGAAUCCUGUCCGGUGACGCACUCAAGAAGAUUGAGGCAACAAAGGGUCUCGAAAAACUGGUGGUGACAAACACCAUACCACAAUGUGAUAACCAACGCGCUUGCAACAAAAUUGAAGUCAUCGACAUCGCUUCGGUCUUGGGUGAGGUCAUUCGACGUAGCCACUACGGCGAGAGCGUCUCCAGACUGUUUCAUGAAGUCCCCUACUAG